AUGAGUUCCUUGCGAUUCCUUGACCUCGUCAAGCCCUUUGUCCCGUUCCUCCCCGAGGUUCAGCAGCCAGAGACAAAGGUCCCCUUCAACCAGAAGAUGAUGUGGACUGCCUUGACUCUGCUCAUCUUCUUGGUCAUGAGCCAGAUGCCCCUUUACGGCAUUGUCUCCUCCGACAACUCCGAUCCUCUAUACUGGCUGCGUAUGGUCAUUGCGAGUAACAGAGGUACUCUCAUGGAACUUGGUAUUACACCCAUCAUCUCCUCCGGCAUGGUCUUCCAGCUCUUGGCUGGUACUCACAUGAUUGAUGUCAACCUCGACCUCAAGUCCGACCGCGAGCUCUACCAGACUGCCCAGAAGCUUUUCGCCUUCAUUCUCUCUGCCGGUACCGCCACUGUCUACGUUUUCACUGGUCUCUACGGUCCCCCCGCCGACCUCGGUGCUGGCAUCGUCUUCCUCCUUAUUCUCCAGCUCGUCGUCGCUGGCAUGAUUGUCAUUCUUUUGGAUGAGUUGCUCCAGAAGGGUUACGGCCUUGGUAGCGGUAUCUCUCUCUUCAUUGCCACCAACAUCUGCGAGUCCAUCAUGUGGAAGGCUUUCUCUCCCACUACCAUCAACACCGGCCGUGGUCCCGAAUUCGAAGGUGCUGUCAUCGCCCUCUUCCACCUCCUCCUCACCUGGCCCAACAAGUCGCGUGCCCUUCAGGAGGCUUUCUACCGCCAGAACCUUCCCAACAUCAUGAACCUUCUCGCCACCAUCCUUGUCUUCGUCGCCGUCAUCUACCUCCAAGGUUUCCGUGUCGAGAUCCCCGUCAAGUCCUCGCGCCAGCGUGGUGCCCGUGGUUCAUACCCCGUUCGUCUCUUCUAUACCUCCAACAUGCCCAUCAUGUUGCAGUCUGCUCUUUCCUCCAACGUCUUCCUCAUCAGCCAGAUGCUGUACUCUCGCUUCUCUGAGAACCUCCUUGUCCGCCUCUUCGGUGUCUGGGAAGCUAAGGAUGGCUCAUCCCAGCUUCAUGCCAUCUCUGGUCUCGUGUACUACAUGUCCCCUCCCCUGAACUUCCGUGAGGCCCUUCUCGACCCUAUCCACACUGUUGCAUACAUUGUGUACAUGCUUGGUGCCUGCGCUCUGUUCUCCAAGACCUGGAUUGAGGUUUCCGGAUCCAGCCCCCGCGAUGUUGCCAAGCAGCUCAAGGACCAGGGCCUCGUUAUGGCUGGCCACAGAGACCAGUCCAUGUACAAGGAGCUCAAGCGCAUUAUCCCUACUGCCGCCGCUUUCGGUGGUGCUUGCAUUGGUGCCCUUUCCGUCUUCAGUGACCUUAUGGGUGCCCUCGGCUCCGGUACUGGUACGCUUUUGGCUGUCACUAUUAUCUACGGAUACUUCGAGAUUGCUGCCAAGGAAGGUGACCUCUCUGGCAUGAAGGGAAUGGUCAUGGGUUAA